UCCAGAUUCAAGUAUAAACAUACAGUUCACAUAUGCUAACAGUGCACUAGUUUCUUUCAAUAUGUUUUUACAUUUUUUCAUUUUAACAGCUGUUGCAAGGAGGACAGCUGUGGCGGUUGAUCCAUGUGAACCCUGUGAUCUGGCAACCUGUGAUAUUGUUGACAGAUGUCUAGCUGGGGUUGUCACAGAUAGAUGUGACUGUUGUCAGGUUUGCGGAAGAACAGAAGGGGAACUUUGUGAUCCAAGCAGCAAGUAUGGAGAGGUGGGUAUGUGUGGAGACAACCUUGAGUGUAGGUUUUUCAAGGAAACUGAUGAAAGUAUCUGUAUGUGCACUGAAGAAAAGAUGGUGUGUGGAAGUGAUGGUGUAAGCUAUGGAACUCCCUGCCAACUCAACCAAGAAUCUGUGAGGCGAUCAGCUGAUCCACAGUUACCAAUUCUUAAGAUGGAAUAUUGGGGACCAUGUAAAGAAUCUCCAGUGAUAAUAUCUCCACCAUCCGACACCUACGGACCUAAGGGUGCGAAUUUAACUCUGAAUUGUGAAGCUAAAGGUUUCCCUGCUCCUAUAAUUACAUGGCAGUAUGAUAGUAUAGAGGGUAGAACUAUAUCACUACCCAGUGAUGACCAGAUGAUUUCUGUCCAAAUGCGAGGUGGGCCUGAACCUAUGAUGGCAACAGGAUGGGCACAAAUAAUCUCCCUGGACCCAAGUUACAGUGGAGUUUAUCACUGCAUUGCAAGCAAUAGCGAAGGAAAAGUUCAUGCAAGUGCUACUGUUGGAGUUUAUAGAGAAGAAAUGUAGAUAAUCCUAAAUUAUCCUUAUCCUUAUCCUUAUUAGUAUCUUUAUCCUUAUCCUUAUCCUUAUCCUUACACUUUACUUAUCCUCAUCCU